AUGCGACACUAUUCCGAUGAUAUCCCGGACGUCAGUCUGAGCGAGAUUAGAAUGGCUCUCCAGCACCUUAAAAAUGGCAGGGCCCCAGGUGAGGAUGGUAUUACAGCGGAGCUUCUGAAAGCGGGUGGAACACCGGUACUUGAAGUCCUUCAGAAGCUCCUCAAUUCUGUCCUCCAUGGUGGCACUACUCUAGCGUGUGUGCCAUCUAGUGUCGGGGACCAGAGCGAGGAAGGCUUCCUAUCAAAAUGUCAAUCUUGA